GGUGUCGACGAGGGGAAGAAAAAGUUGUGCAGACAGAUUUCGUGGCCAAAAUUAGUUUUCUAUUAAGAAAUCGGAAGUGCGUUUGUUCUCGCUGUUGAAAGCAAAGUGUUCCCGGUUUUUGGCAUCCGAAUAUAGUAGCCCGUUUGUUGAUCGGAGUGUGCCAAACUAACGGGGAACUUUUCUUUCUCGCGAAUCCUUGGGAAUGUGCGCUAAUCCUGGUUAGGACAAAAUGGUCCAAUAAUUUGCUGGCCCAAAGGCAACCGUAACCAUAUCCUGCGUCACCCAAGACCCGCCGACGUCACGGGGCGCACUUAUUUUGGUCUGCAGUUCCUGCUGCGUGUCCAACAUCGUACCGGAGUGGUCGCAGUCGCUGCUUAGACAGGAUUCUGUUUGCUGGAUCGGAGGAGAAGGGGUAUGGAGGACGAGCUGGAAGAUAAGAUACUAUACCAGACCCUGUCCAAGUCGCACAUGAAGCUACUCUCGAAGUUCGCCGUGGGCGUUACGCCGUUCAACAGCUCGCUCAGUUACGCGUGGAAGGUGAUGCGGGUGUAUCUGCUGAAGCCGGAGGUGCUGAUCGCCGGUCUGCUGAUCUGUCUCUUCGUCCUCUACCUGCAAGCGGCGGAAGUAUGGAGCCGCGGGUUCAUCGGGCGCAUCAGCAGCUCCCUGGGCCUCGGUGGCAAGGGCCGAUCGGGCAAGCUGGCACUGCUUGCGUCCGCUGCCGAGAAGCACAGCUGGGACGAACGUACCUCCGGAAGUGCCGUGUACGCCGUCCAAGGUCGCCGUGCAAAGAUGGAGGAUAGGUUCGUUAUUAGUGAGAACAUCAACAAUAGUGGUAUCUCUCUGUUUGCGAUCUUCGAUGGACAUGGUGGGGAGUACGCGGCAGAGUACGCCAAGAACGUGCUGGUCAGGAACAUCCACGACAAGCUGGCUCAAUCGUCGGCCAUCGCCGAUGGUCGAUCGCCAAUGGAAGGGUCCAAGAGCGGAGGUGCUGAUUGUGAAGCAGAGAGCAAGCAAAAGAAGCCAGAAUCUGAACCGCAAGAGGAAGAGAAUGAGCGACACAAGGUGAACCACCAUAAUGCUGCAUCACCGUCGGCCACUGCUUCCGAGGGAGCUCAGCGCAGACAGAGCUUCCGCAAGUCAAAAACGGAAGAUGCAAUCGGAGUAGGCGGUGCUGGUGCUGGAGCCAACAGCAAUCAACAGCUGGAGAACGAUCUGCUCAGCAAGUACAUGGGCAAUGCGUCGCCGGCACGGCAGCAGCUUAAGAAGAAUCUACUGAACGGCACCGCCGGUGCGGCCAGCACGGUACCGGAAGCGAAACCGAAAACCUACGAAGCUCGUUGUUACGUGCAGAAUGGGAGCAUAAACUUUGGAAAAAUCAUCACCGACGAGGUACUAGCGGCUGAUCAUGAUCUCGUCGAAGCAGCCCGGAAAUUGGCGGACUUUGCUGGAACAACCGCCCUAAUCGCCGUGAUUCAUCGUAGCAAGCUGAUCGUAGCGAAUGUGGGCGAUUCGCGUGGCGUAAUGUGUGAUCAUAAGGGUAACGCGAUACCACUCUCGUUCGACCACAAACCGCAGCAGGUACGUGAACAGAAACGAAUUGCCGACGCCGGUGGCUUUAUUGCGUUCAAGGGCGUGUGGCGAGUAGCUGGCAUUUUGGCGACCUCCCGUGCACUCGGUGACUAUCCGUUGAAGGAGAAGAAACUGGUUAUCGCCGAUCCAGACGUCCUUUCUUUCGACCUGGUCGAUCAUAGGCCGCAAUUUUUGAUCCUGGCUUCGGAUGGGCUCUGGGAUACCUUUACAAAUGAGGAAGCGGUUGCAUUCGUACGUGAGCGGCUCGAUGAACCACACUUUGGCGCGAAAAGCAUUGCGCUGCAAUCGUACAAUCGUGGUUCCGUCGACAACAUCACGGUGUUGGUGAUCGUGCUGAAAAACGGUCGAUACGAGGUUGGCUCGUCGAGUGAUUGAAGUCCUUAACGUUAGUUUGUUCAUUUCUUUUGUCUCUGUCGGAGAGAGAGAGAGAGCGGUAGGGGGCAGCUUGAUAACUUUUGCUUUUGAUUUAUUUGUUAACACAGAUCUCGCUCGAAGCCCUGUUACACCAUUGACACUUAGAAACGAUACUUGUUUCCCGAUCAAUGCAGCUGCUACUUUGAGUUAUUUUUAUUUUCACUUAAGUUUAUCUCACUCAUCCAAAGAAGCAGGUGAUAGAGAACCUGUGUGUGCGUUCUUUUCCCGCUAGGUCGUCGCUUUUAUUGUUGUUCAGUUCGUCCCAUGGUCAGUAAAUGUGAGUUACAAAUUAUUAUAGUAUGUAGUGAGUGGCGAGUUUCUGAAUCAUUGUAGCUGUUAUCAUCCGCAACAGCGUUGCUGUGCAAAAACAAUGAUCCCUGGCAUUAAUAUAGCGUUUAAUAGAUUUGUCACUGUGUGCCCGCCCAUCUCCUUUAGUUAGUACGGUUAGAUAACAGCCUUUCCUUUACACAGCCGCAUGGCUCGUGGCCGGGAAAUAGUAUAGACAAUCGUUUCAAAGACGUAACAUUUUUAAUUGGAAGAGCAAUGUGUGCAGUGUGAACAAUUUUUUAAACAUUUAUAGCCAAAUUAAUGUCCUUUUACGACCUCUAGACAGUAUCGCUGGGAAUAACAAAAUUUAAGAUUCCCUUUUUCUUUGCAUUGCAGUGCAAUAUUUGCUCAACAUAAAAAAGAAAUUUGGAAUUCAAUCAACGACAAAGGAAGGAAUGAAUCAGAAACUACAACUAGAUAGGGUAAUUUUGGAACGAAGAAUCUAAUUGGACACAUAAAGACACGGAAAACGGACGAGCUUAUGCUUAUUGGCGGUAUUGGCUGAGUAGCACAGGAAAUCCUAAAGAUUUCAUCCUGAGGGACCUUUUGGGAAUGGUGUAUCGUGUAUGGGUGGGUUUUUGAGUGAAUUUGUGGGUACAGUUGUGGAUGGUGCCAAAGCGUAGUACACGUGCUCGAUGCACAGGGAAUUGUAUUUCCCAUUGGGAUCAAUUGGCUGAAUGAUUUUGAAGAAAUUAGGAACAUUUUGGUACAUAAGAAAUGUCGUAGGUCGACCCAAACAAAACAACUUGACGAACGGAUGUGGUUGAGGUGGGAGCCCAUACCGUCAAAUUAGUAGAAUUAAGAAAAAAAGGACAGUAUAGUUAAAAGAAUAAAGCGAUAAAAAAGCUUUCAUCGAGGCACACGGCGCAUGAUCAAAUCAUAGGCACUUGAUAAGAAAUAUCGCUGUAGUAGCUGAUUUAUUCUGAUCUGAUAAUCGAUACCAGACAAUUAAGAAUCACUCACGAACGAGCUCCCCACACGCACCAAUUCACUGACACUCGUAACGACACCAUUUUCGGAUUGAGGCAAUUUGUGAGCUACUUCCCUUGACCUGCAUUGCCUUUUUGCUCCCGGUUUUUGUAAUUGUACAUAUCCUUCUCGAUGGGCAGAACAAAGCCCAACCACGAAUCUUAAAUAAAAACUCUUAUAAAACCUCCA